AUGAGUAACAUUUACAUAACUGAGCCAGCCACUAAUGGUAAGGUCAUACUCAGAACUACUGUUGGCGAAAUUGAAGUCGAGCUAUGGUCGAAGGAGACACCAAAAGCUUGCAGAAAUUUUGUACAGCUGUGCAUGGAGAACUAUUACGACGACACACCGUUUCACAGGCUGGUGAAAGGUUUUGUUGUUCAAGGUGGCGAUCCCACCGGUACAGGCAAAGGAGGGGAGAGCAUUUAUGGACAACCUUUUAAAAAUGAAGCUCAUUCAAGACUCUCUUUUAAUCGUCGUGGCCUUCUUGGUAUGGCUUCUUCCGAGCCCAACUCAAACAGGAGUCAGUUUUUUUUCACUUUGGGUCCAGCAACUGAACUCGAUGGUAAGCAUACUCUCUUCGGGCGCGUAGCUGGAAAUACUAUAUUCAAUAUGCUGCGCCUUGGAGAAGGAGUCAUUAAUGAUGAUGAACGGCCUGAUCGGCUUCACUAUGUUGUCAGCACUGAGGUUUGUAAUUGCAAUCCUUCAUGA